AUGGCCUCCAAGAAACUCACCUGGCUCAUCACCGGCUGCUCCUCCGGCUUUGGCCUCUCCCUCACACGCGCCGCCCAGGCUGGUGGCCAUAAGGUCAUUGCCACCUCCCGCAACCCUUCUCGCACCCCCGAUCUGGUCGCCGAGAUCGAGAGUAAGGGGGGGAAAUGGGUCCAGCUGGAUGUUGAUAGCACCAGGAGCGGCGAUGUGAUUACGGAGCUCGAGAAGAGCGGGGAACAGAUCGAUGUCCUUGUCAACAACGCCGGGGGCUCUAUCUAUGCGCCCAUCGAGACCAGCACCGAGGAGGAGAUUCGCGCCCAGAUGGAGACCAUGUACUUUGGUCCGCUGCGCCUGAUCCGCGCAGUUCUGCCUCACAUGCGCCAACGCCAGUCCGGUGUGAUUGUUAACAUGAGCAGUGGUGCCUCACUCGAUGGGAUUCCAACGAUGGGAGUCUAUGGAGGUGCUAAGGCUGGUCUGGACGCUCUCACCAAGAUCCUCGCCAAGGAGGUUGCUCCCUUCAACAUCCGCACCUUGACAGUCAUUCUGGGGACUUUUAACACCAACAUGCCCAACUCGGUCGUCCUAGGCAAGACCCCUCUCCCCGACGACUACAAGGGUACCUUCACCGAGCAGGUUCAGGGGCUUCUUUUGAGCGGGAAGAUCAAACCAAACGGUGACAAAGACAAGGCUAUGCAAGCCCUGUACCAAGUUGUGGUUGGCGAAGGCGUGGGUGAGGGAAACGAGGCGGAGAAAUUGUUGCCUUUGGGAAGUGAUAUGACUCCUCGCCUGAAGGGAACCCAAGACUAUCUCGGCCACGCCCUGGAGGUGUUUGGUUCCGUGACCAACAAUGUCGAUGUGGAUAAAUAG